GACAACUUCGACCAUGCCACCUCUUCCACGGUGCCUACGUUGCCUCUCUUUUCUGCAAGAUUGAUCUCCAUCCAGGUGUCUAAUACCAUCAGGUCGGGCCUAGCUCAAUGGUCUUCCCAGGCUGUUUGCAGCUGCCAUUCUCACAUACCCACCAUCUCCUGAAAGACAAACAAUUAAACUGAAUUCAUCACUCACCACACACACACUCCCAUUUCUGCCCUAGACAGAAUGGCCAAUCAAACUGCAUCCGACGACGGAGACUCCCUCAGCGUCUACAUCUUGACAUACAACUGCGCCCGAACCCUCGUCGACCCAGCAAAUUUUGCGCCGUAUCUCUUCCACGCCCUCCCGCCACGCAGCGACCCCCCAGAGCUUCUCGUCCUCUGCCUGCAGGAGCUCGCGCCCAUCAGCUAUGCUUUCCUCGGGGGCUCGUUCUUGACGCCGUAUUUCAAGGCGUUCCGGGAGGUCGUCAGGCUCGCCUCCAAGGACCACGGAUACGUGAACGUGGUGAGCAGGAACCUGGGCAUGACCGCCAUCAUGGUCUUUCUGAGGGAUGACGUCGUCAAUCACCUCACGUGGGUAAGGACGGCCGGAGCGGGCGUGGGCGUGAGCGAAAUGGGUAACAAAGGCGCCGUGGGCGUCCAGCUGGGAUAUCGAACCACACGAGGUGGUUCCCCAGCAGAUGGCGAGGUCGAUGACGAGGGCGGAGAAGUUGAAUUCACCUUUGUUUCGGCCCAUCUGGCGCCCAUGGAAGAUGCUCUCGAGAGGCGAAAUGAGGAUUACAAGAACAUUAUGCGGAGAUUAGUAUUCCUCCCGGAUCAGAGGCUCAAGGCUCCGUUGCCUGGGGGCGAAGAAGGGGAAGAUGCGCCUCUGCUGCAGGGAGAACUCGCUUGGCAAGAGCAUGAGACCCUUGCUGAAGAAAGAGGGAUGUACUCAGCAUCAUCAUAUUUCUUCUUCGCUGGUGACCUCAACUAUCGCACGUCACUGCUACAACCGUCUCCACAGGACGUCGAGGACAAAUUCCCGCAGCCCAGCGCGAACAGAGACGAUCCCAUACACUUCCGCGAUCUGCUCGCUGAAGACCAACUUACUCAGCAGGUCAAGGCUGGCAAGACUCUACACGGGUUGACAGAAGCGCCAAUCACGUUCCCACCCACCUACAAGUACAACACUGACGGAAGCAAGGCUGUCCUCCUGGUCACUGGAGAAGACCGACAACACUGGAGCUGGGCACGUCAUCGCUGGCCCAGUUGGUGCGACCGAAUAUUCUUCUCGAGCCCCCAGGGAGGUGACGUCAAAGUGACUCCGCAGAGAUACACGUGUCUGCCGCUCUUUGCAACCUCAGAUCACCGUCCCGUAGCACUGGCAGCCUCAGUGCCCUUGAGGGCGGUAUCCAAUGCAGGGCAGGUGGAGGGUGAGAGGGGCCCGACAGCACCAUUCGGCAUCGACCCGGAGUGGAGGAGCAAGAGGGUCCAGGCACGUAGGAAGGAGCUGGCCGUGGGGAUCAUGGCUUAUCUGGCGUUGACGUGGGAAGGGAACGGGUUGCUGGUUGCAACGACAAUUGGCGUUGUGGGUGGAUGGUUGAUUAUCAGAUCUCUGCUCAUGGGUUGAAUAGGUCAAAGAGCGGGAAGAGGCAGCCGGAUGAUCGGCAACGAGUGACAGAGCUUCGCAGUGCCGACAGUCAGGAUUCCACGGCUUGUCCAAAGGAGGGAAUUGAAAGUGACUAAGAAGAGUAUAGAGGCAUCAAGGGUGGGUGUUGGCCUGCUGAUUCACCAAGUGUGGGGGGAUAGCGCUCCAAGGAGCAAGGAUUACGCGAGUGCUUCUCGAAGGUUGACACGCUUCGAUAGGCAUUCUAGCGCCGCCGUGGAAGGAUUCUCAGUUGGGACAUUUCCCCUGUUGAUCUUUGACCUGUGCUUCGGACCCAGUGGACGCAAGAGGAAGGCGCGGGGAAUGGCCUGGAUGCAAUGAAACGACAUGCUCUAAGCUACUGGAUCACGUUGACGACAGUAAUCUGGCCCCAAGCCCAAGGCUCCCCAAAUGGGCGACUUCCUGAAAGGCUCGACACCAUCUCCAGGUCGAGGGCAUUGCCGGUGCAUCAUCUUUGUGGACAUGCGCGAACAUCAAAGGCCUCGGGCCAUGGACCGCUUGUAAAAGCUGGUCAACGACAGCUAGGAUGGCCAUGCCCCUCAUUUUUGGAGUUCUGAGUACCUUCCUCAAGUUCUCUGCAUACGCUUGUCCAUGGGAGCAGAGUCCAGCGUAUGGGCAGCGACUGUUCCGACGGUGCAGCUGACAUAACAAGACGCAGCGGUAUGAUGGGAGCUCGGGCUCCCGUGGGCUCUUGUCAGCCUUUGGAUCCAAACCGCAAGGUCCUUCAUUGGCCCACGGACCGAGACGCAAAGGAGGUGGUGUGGGUUGACUGGUGGAAGUGGUGUGAUGACUACUAUUGAAGACUGUGGUCCGGUCCGAGGAUUGUACGACCUCUAUUUCCAUGGGAACAGAAAGAGAAAAGGUGUCUAGCAGACGACCUUUGUGCAACCCCGCAAUGCCAAUCAUGCCAUUUACCAGGCGUUUAUCAGAUCCGG